AAGCUGGCGGAGCUACGUGCAGGUAAAACGAUUCAAAGGAGCCCAACGUAAAACUGUUUCACGCCAGGAGGUCGGACGCGUGAUGGCACAGUGCGGUUCUUUGGUCCCAGUCACGCAAAUGUGCUUUUAAACCGACGUAAAAGCGGCAAAAACGUCAGUUUGUGAGAAGAAAGUGACGUUUUGACGCGAGAGGAGGCUGCGCUGGGCUCGGAGCACGCUUUGUACAACUUGGACAGCUGCGAGGAACCAGCCAUCAACACAACAAUGAAAGCGUUCAAACGAGCUCUGGAGUCGGAGGAGCCGGGCCUUUCGUCGGCCAUGUCUGACAGUGACGACGGGUUCCCUCUGGAUCUGUCAGGGGGUGGAGCUAAACGAAAACGCCGCGGUAACUUGCCUAAAGAAGCGGUGCAGAUCCUGAGGGACUGGCUCUAUGACCAUCGCUUCAACGCCUAUCCAUCGGAGCAGGAGAAACUGAGUCUAUCUGCGAGAACCGGGCUGUCUGUACUACAGAUCUGCAACUGGUUCAUCAAUGCUCGCCGACGCCUCCUGCCUGAUCUGCUGCGUAAGGACGGCAAAGACCCGACCAAGUUCACCAUCUCUCGGAAAGUGGGGCUCAAAUGUGAUGCCGGCUCCUCUCCGGAACAUCACUCCUCUUCAUCCUCCUCCUCUUCAUCCUCCUCUUCAUCCUCCCAUCACCACCAAACCCACUUGAACAACCAAAUCCCGCGUCCCUCCGUCAUUCGCUCCGGCCCCACGCUCGAUCUCACCGCACUCGGAAACACGGCGGCAGCCAUUUUGAAUGGUUUCAGAGGGAAAGAGGCGCUGCUCCGACUGGACACGCAGAGUUUACUGAGGGAGGCAGAGGAGCAGAACGCAGCCAAUCACAGUCACGUAUUUAACACCCCGCCCCCAACGCCUCCGGAGCUCCUCCCCUCACAUGACUUCAGCGAUCUAAAACUGCUCGUGGACGCCGCAUUACAAAGAGCAGCCGAACAGGAGAGCCAGAUGAGAGAAGAGGAGGGGCAGAGGAAGAGGAGAGAAGAGGAGGAGCAGAGGAGAAGCGAGGAAGAGGAGGAGAGGGCAACCAAAGAUCUGAUCCAAGCCGAGGAGAGAAAUUUGGGACCAACACCUCCGCCCGAAGAAAGUCAACAGAUUUUGGAUCCAUCUCAGGCUCAAAUCCAGAUGGAGAGAGUCAUGUCUCCACCCGCCCCCUCCAUCGCGUUGGUCAAACCCCAAACCUCCACCCUCCCGCCCUCCUCCCCAGUGGUUUUAGCGGCUCCGACCCUCACAAAGGUCAUCUGGAGCGCCUUAGGAAAAGACAAGGCAGUCGCCCCCUCCUCCUCUGCACCGCUCCCUCCCUCCUCUGUACCUUCAACCGUAACUCUCUCCUCCUCUAAGCCUUCAUCCACCGUUACCCUCGUCUCCUCUCCUCUGGGUCUCCCCUUGUACCUCCCCAUUCACAAAUACGCCGUCCCAUGCCAGACUAUCGCCAAAUCUUCCUCUACCGAGUCUUCCUCUGCACAGAACUCCGGCCAGUCUUCAGCCCUGACGCCGAUUCGGAUCACGGCAUCGCAAGUUCCGCCAUCUCAGGGUGUCCAUAGACCCGUGUGGAGCAUGGUGCAUUCAGACACGAGCCAAAGUGGACCCAUUAAAGUGGUGCAGGCGCCAAUCGCAGCCGUCUGGACCCCGAAACACAGCUUACAGGAAACCGUGAACUAGACGACCAAUAUGUACGAGAACUUUGUAAAUAUCUGAAUGUAUUUACUGGAGAAAUGCCAAUGAACUGAGAAUAAGGUGUUUUUAAGGAGCAAAGACUUUUAGAAGAGCCAUUUUAAACUUUGAAAAUAGUCAAUUUCUUGUUGAAUCUGGCACCAGCACACCUCUCAGUAGCAGUCGUGUUGAAUGUAAGAACAAUUUCCUCUUUGGAUAAUCCCAACGCUGGAUACAUGUAUUUUUGGACAUUUUAUUAUCUAUGAUUUGCUUUAUAAAGUCAUCCUCAUCACUCUGAACUUCAAAAUUGUAGCUUCUUAAAAUGGAGCUGCAACAACUUGAGUCAAUUCAGGCCUGGGCCGUGGGGGCGGCAGUCUAAGCAGGGAAUCCCAGACACUUCCUCCAACUCCUCCCACUCAAACCGUGUCUACACAAAUGAUACUGGUUCACUUAAAAAGACCAUAAACCAUGCUCUGUGAAGAAAAUGGUUUAAAUCAUAAUCUGGUGCUGUCUAUACGACACAAAAGGAGAAUUCUUUUUAGAUGUUCUGUUUAAUAACAAGUACCUUCAGUCUUUAGUUGGUAUAUUUUGACCUUUUAUCGGUUUCAAAAUUUUUAUGGUACGGAAGACAUUUUUUGAACACUAAAGUUUUUUAAUGGCUAUAUUCAAUUUAAUUUAAAAAACGGCUCCAUCUUCUUCUGAAUGUACAAACUGCCUGCCUGUUGAGCUCUAGCAGAAGGAGCAGUGGUUUUGAAUGUAGGGAUAAACUCAAACCUGGACAAAGCAAAUUCAAUUUUUAGAUGGUUUCAAACAAGCGUGCACAAUUUUGAUCUACAUUAUUAAAAAACGAAUUGUUUGCUUAUUUUUUUAGACAUUGGCAUUUGCAUUUGGCCAAGCUGUCGUUGGUACUACACAGAUCUCUCACAUGACCAGCAUUUGGCCGUUGCCAGAUAAGAUUUAUGUAAACAUGUUCAUUUGUGAUUCCUUUUUUAAAGCCCUCUCCAUUUUAGGAAUUUUGAAUAAUUGGUCCAUCUGACCCUCUCCUCUGCAUCCUCCAUAUUCGUUCUCAACAAAUAUGACCUCAGAUGUCUUGAGUGUUAGCAGCAGCCCUGUGUAUGUGGGAUUAUAUUUUGUAUAUUUGCAUUUAACGUUUUUGUAGUUUCUGUGAAACUGUUGAGGCUGGACUAGAGCUAGUUACUGUCAAGAUUCUCCACUGGUACAGUCUUGAGACAUUAUUUUGUUAAAAUUAUUUUCAAUAAUUCCGUUUCAAUUUCUGAAAUGUUUUCCAUUUGCUACAAAACUUAAGCUAAAGCCGUGUACCGCAGUACUGACACGUGCGCUCCCAGCUGAGUCACUGCUGUUGUAUUUAGCUGUCAUGUUUUAUCUAAAUAAGCACAAUUAUUUCAGUGUGUCAUAGCUUCAUAUUUUGGGUACCAUGAUAUUUGUUUUUGUAAUUUUGCGUUUCAAAAACCUCUUGUAUACCUCAUUUUCUGAUUUCAGUUUUACAUUGGUUUGUUCUUCUAGAGUUGGGAUCUCAGUUACAAAGCCUCAAAUCGUGUCUGCAGAAACAGUUUAAACUGUUCUGUUGAUUUCAGACGCUUUAGUACAUGUAAAUAUUUGAGUUUUUCUACAUGUUUGGCAUGAUUUUUGUUUUUUUAUUCACAUUUUGCAGAAUUGACUGUUGUGCCUUAAACUUGAUAAAUGUCUUUUUUAUGACAAACGUCUCCAUAGAAACAGUGCAAUAUUAAACUCCAUGUGUUUUGUAUCAUUUCAGAAAAUUAAAGAACUUUUUUGUAGUACUGGCUGUUUGAUAUCUAUUUUUGU